AUGAGUCGAAAGAUCCGUGUAAUCUGCAACGAUCCAGACGGAACCGAUUCAUCAUCAAGCGAAAACGAAAGAGAUGAAUCAAAUUCUUCAAAAUCCAAACGCAUAGUACGAGAAAUUCAUUUCCCCCUUUUACCUUCUUCUAACUCUACAUCUAAUUCUUCAAUCCAUGAUGAAGAAACCUCUCACACCUCUUCUCACCAUACCAACAAUGGUGGAAAACCCCAACAGCUAACAAACAUUAGGGUUUUGACCAAAACCCUAACGCCCGAAAGAACAACCUCCCGAUACAGAGGCGUGAGGCAGAGAAAAUGGGGGAGAUGGGCUGCUGAAAUUCGAGACCCCUUUAAGAGAGCUCGUGUUUGGCUUGGUACUUAUAAUACUGCUGAGGAAGCUUCUAGGGCUUACGAAUCCAAGCGGCUUGAGUUUCAAUCUGCCAUGGCCGCCGCUCCUAAAUCUCCGACGCGGUUCAAAGGUUCUCAUGUACUGGGUUAUUGA